AUGGUGCACGACGUGGCGCGUCGCAAUGGAAAGACGUCGACUCUGACGGUUGCCCACCUAGCAGCGUGCAAGCCCGAAGGCUACAUCCCGCCGCCGCCGAGGGUGGCGUUACUAUCGUCGUCAGCUGCUGUUCUCCGGCGCCGGCUAGAGGAAGUGAAGCUGGAGCGGGUGCGGACUCUAUUUGAAACGCCUCGCCUUGCCCUGUCGACGGGCCUGAUCAUGGUGAUCUGGGCGUUUAUCGGCCUGGGAUAUCCGCUGUACAACGCCUUCUUGCCAUACAUCCAGGCGUCGCGGGGAGCCGACUUUGGGGAUGGUUCCACGUACCUGACGUACCGCAACUCUCUCAUUAUUUCUGUGCUUGGAAUCCCUGGGGCUCUGCUUGGUGGUGUCUUGGUCGAGACGCGAUUUGGGCGCAAGGGCACGCUCGCGCUGUCCACGGUGCUCACAGGGGCGUUCCUCUCCGGCUCGACGACGGCACUUACAUCGCAGGCUCUCCUAGGGUGGAACUGCGCCUUCAGUCUAGCGAGCAACGUCAUGUACGCUGUACUAUACAGCUUCACGCCCGAGCUGUUCCCGACACCUGAGCGCGGCACAGGCAGUGCCCUCACAGCCACUUGCAACAGGGUGUUUGGCAUCAUGGCGCCAAUUGUAGCCAUGUUUGCGAACCUGCAGACUGAUGUUCCUGUCUAUACCAGCGGCGCUCUGUUCAUUUGCGCCGGUCUCUUGGUGCUAGGGCUGCCGUUUGAGUCGAGGGGCAAGGCGGCACUUUUUGAAAGGCACGGCCCCGACUGCCUUGGACGGCACAAAGCCCCUCUCUCGACAUGUCGAACCGAUAAGCACAAAAUGAGAACCCCCGCGUAG